AUUACUCUUUUCAUUGACCGCUGAUAUUAAUAAUUCUUAUGUUGAGACAAAUUAAACAAUAUUUUACUAAACUGUAUUUUAAUUUAUAAAUGGCCUAAAGAAACCAAAUGGGACUAUGUAUUACUUCUAUUAUUCCAAUUUCCAUCCAUGUAAAUCUGCUACCCCAGGUUUGUUGCAACUACCAUUUCUAAACCUUACCCACUUCUCCUCGUCACCAUUUCCAGCUUUCAUCUUCUCAUUCACGUUAUUUCCCUCUAUUUAAAUUCCCUUCCAUUAAUCUUGGAAAUUAUUGGGAAUGUUCCCAAAUUAACACUCCUACUUACCCAUUUCAAUUAAUAUACUUAAUUAAUUACAUUUUCCACUUCUUCAUUUCAGCCAUUUCCAACGCCUUAGAUUCUUUUUUUCUUACUUAUAUAUUCAUCAAACAUACCCAAAAAAAUUAGUCCAAAUCUCCAAAAACUAACACUUACCCAUUUCAAUUAACCUCCUUAAUUACAAAACCCAUUUCUCAAAAAUGCCGGAAACCGCCGAAACGCCGUCGUUUAAUGGUGUUCGUACCCGUCAUUUUAGGUAUUUACCUGAUUUUCUCCAGAGUGUUGGUCUUAAAUACGUCAAAAUUGGUUUUUAUUACCUUAUGAAUCACCUACUUACUCUCUGUUUACUUCCAUUAAUAUCGUUGACCGUUAUUCAAGCUUCUCAAAUGCGAUACGACGACGUUUACCACUUUUGGGUUCAACUUAAGUACAACGCUUUUACUGUUGUCGCUUGUUGUAUUAUUCUUGUAUUUGGAUCUACUGUUUACUUCACGACCCGACCCAGAUCCGUUUACUUGGUGGAUUUUUCAUUGUACCAUCCACCAAGUGAAUUCCGGGUCAGAUUCAAGGAUUUUGUGGAACAUUCUAGAUUAAUUGGAGAUUUCGAUGAAUCUUCUAUUGAGUUCCAAAGGAAGAUUCUAGAGCGUUCUGGAUUAGGGGAAGAAACAGUUGUUCCAGAAGCAAUGCAUUCAAUUCCUCCAAAACCAUCCAUGAAAGCUGCAAGAGAAGAAGCUGAACAAGUUCUGUUUGGUUCUUUGGAAAAUCUUUUUACUCAAACUGGAAUCAAACCAAAAGAAAUUGGUAUUUUAGUAGUAAAUUGCAGCUUAUUUAAUCCAACCCCAUCAUUAUCUGCAAUGAUAGUGAAUAAAUUUAAACUUCGUGGGAAUAUUCAAUCUUAUAAUCUUGGCGGAAUGGGAUGUUCAGCUGGGGUUAUAGCAAUUAAUCUUGCUAAAGAUCUUUUACAAGUUCAUAAAAAUACUUAUGCUAUUGUUGUUAGCACCGAAAACAUAACCCAAAAUUGGUAUUUUGGGAAUAAGAAAUCAAUGCUUAUUCCCAAUUGUUUGUUUCGAGUUGGUGGCGCAGCGGUUUUGCUUUCUAAUAAAAAAAAAGAAAAACUUCGCGCCAAAUACCGUCUUAAUUAUGUCGUCCGCACACAUAUGGGUGCGAACGACAAGGCUUUUAAUUGUGUUUACCAAGAACAAGAUGAAAUUGGUAAAACUGGUGUUUCACUUUCUAAAGAUUUGAUGGCAAUAGCUGGGGAUGCACUAAGGACUAAUAUAACUACACUUGGUCCAUUAGUACUUCCUAUAAGUGAACAAUUACUAUUCUUCUUCACUCUUGUUGGGAGGAAAUUUUUAAAUAUUAAUGUGAAGCCUUAUAUUCCUGAUUUUAAGCUUGCGGUCGAGCAUUUUUGUAUUCAUGCUGGUGGAAGAGCCGUAAUUGAUGAGCUUGAGAAGAGCCUUCAGUUGAGUCCGGUCCAUGUUGAAGCAUCUAGGAUGACGCUUCAUAGGUUUGGGAACACGUCUUCGAGCUCAAUUUGGUACGAGCUUGGGUAUAUUGAGGCUAAACAUAGGAUGAAGAAAGGGCAUAGGGUAUGGCAAAUUGCAUUUGGAUCAGGGUUUAAGUGUAAUAGUAUUGUUUGGCAAGCAUUAAGAGAUGUUAAGCCAUCACCAAAAAGUCCUUGGUUGGAAUGUAUUGAUAGGUACCCUGUUGAGAUUAAAGGUUAAUUUGAGAGACUAUUGUGUAAUUAUUUAAUUUAAGGUCGAGAAAGAAGGAAACAACGGGAGAGGAACAUUCUUGUUAGUUACAUUUUCUUAUUUUGUGUCGACUUUUAGUGAUUAUUUGAUUGAUGGAGGGGAGUUUUAUAUUGUGAAUUUUAAAUUGUUAAGUUAUGUUGUGUAUUGAUUUGGAUGUGAAAAGACUUUCUUUUUCCAUAAUUUUUAUAAUCAUUUGAAGCCUAGGGAGUGAGAUUCAAACAUCCUACAAAUAUGUACUCCUUAGUAUUUGUUUGUGAAAAGUUGUUGAGCUACAAAUACUUCUAUGUUGUAAUUGGUCAUGUACUGGUCCCAUUCCCAUAUAGAGGUACCUUUAUGUACUUAUCAUUUGUGUCUUUUCUCUUAUUGUUUUUUACAAAA